AUGCGAGAUAGCGCGUUACCGGUCCUCUUCCUUCUCUUCGGCCUCUUCCCUGGAAUCCAAGGGAAAGUCUUGAGUUCGGCAUCUACGUUAGUUGUGCACAACCAAUUCGUCGCACCAGACGGCUUCAAUCGCUCUGCGGUCCUUGUGAACGGCGUUCAUCCCUCUCCACUGAUCAAAGCGAAUAAGGGUGAAACGUAUUAUCUGAACGUCGUCAACAAGCUCCAUGACUCCACUAUGCUUAGGAGUACCAGUGUCCACUGGCACGGUCUCCUCCAACAUGGGACGGCCUGGGCAGAUGGAUCACAAAGCGUGAGCCAGUGUCCGAUAUCCCCUGGACACUCAUUCGAGUAUCGCUUUCCAGGCGGUGACCAAGCUGGGACCUUCUGGUACCAUUCUCAUUUUGGUACUCAGUAUUGCGACGGAUUACGAGGUCCCUUUGUCAUAUAUGACGAAAAUGAUCCUUAUAAGCACCUUUAUGAUGUGGACGACGAGAACACCAUUAUCACGGUCGCAGACUGGUACCAUACCCCUGCACCGUCACUUCCCAUUCCCGCCUUCGCAGAUUCCACCCUGAUCAACGGCAAGGGUCGCUACCCCGGGGGACCCAAAGUCGAUCUAGCCAUCGUCAACGUCGUGAAAGGAAAGAGGUACAGGUUCCGGCUCCUGUCUCUUGCAUGCGAGCCCAACUACCAAUUCUCCAUUGAUGGACAUCGAAUGACGAUCAUUGAAGCGGACGGGUACUUGACAGAACCUGUCGUGGUGGACAGGAUCCAGAUCUUCACAGGCCAACGAUACUCUUUUAUCCUUGAAGCCAAUCGACCGGUGGCUAACUACUGGAUUAGAGCGCUUCCAAAUUACGGUAAUAACGGACUUACCCUGGGCUUCGAAGGCGGAAUCAACUCCGCGAUCUUGCGCUAUGCUGGUGCACCAAAAUCCGAGCCGAUAUACAGUAAUUGGCCUCUUGACCGUGGCGUUCAGCUGCUAGAGAGCAUGCUACAUCCUAUUUACAGCCCUCCUGCGCCUGGUCCACCCGUCCCAGGAGCCGCCGACGUGAACAUCUACCUCGACAUGGGCUUCCAACCUGAAAGUCUCACGUAUACUGUCAACGGUAGUGUGUUCGAGCCCCCAUCUGUCCCCGUCCUUCUGCAGAUCAUGAGCGGGGCCAAAAACGCUGCCGAGCUACUACCGAAAGGCACCCUUUAUCCUCUGAAGAGAAAUCAAGUCGUCGAACUCACUGUUCCAGGAGGGCUGAUUGGUGGACCGCACCCUUUCCAUCUUCAUGGACACUCCUUCUCUGUCGUCAAAAGCGCGGGAAGCCAAACCUACAAUUUCGACAAUCCUGUUCGACGGGACGUCACAAAUGCUGGAGAGGAAGGGGAGGAGGUCGUCAUCAGGUUUGAGACCGACAACUCUGGGCCCUGGCUCUUCCACUGCCACGUUGAGUUCCACCUCCAAAUGGGCCUGGCCAUCGUAUUCGCAGAAGACAUUGAGGGCAUGGUGGAUAGAAACCCGGUGCCUGGAGCAUGGAAAGAGCUGUGCCCUAUUUACGAUGCACUUCCCGAGGACGAGAAGACUGUGACCAUCUUGGAGCCCACAAAUAACACGGAAGUUUCCUCCGAUGCUCCCACCACAAACUAG